AUGGUGACCAUAUUCAAAUCAUAUGGGCUUUGGAAUCUGGUAGAAAAAGGAAUUCCAAUCUCCUAUUCUAAGAAGAAGAAGAAGAAGAAGAAGGCAUCUGAGGAAAUCUCAGAAGAGGAAAAUGAUAAGAAAGCAGCUGCAAUCCUCAUGAAGGAUGCAAAAGCUCUGGGUAUUAUCCAAAAUGCGGUCUCAGAUCAGAUUUUCCCACGAAUUGCAAAUGCGGACUUUGCCAAAGUAGCUUGGGAGCUGUUGUAUGGAGAAUUUCAUGGUGGAGAUCACGUUAGAUCAGUAAAACUUCAAAAUCUCUUAUGUGAAUUUGAAUAUACUAGAAUGCAUGAUAAUGAAUCGUUGUCUGCUUACCUUACCAGACUAAAUGACUUGAUUAACCAAAUGAAAACGUAUGGUGAAGUGCUCUCGAAUGAGAGGCUUGUUCAAAAGGUCCUGAUUAGUCUAAGCAAGAUAUAUGAUCCUAUUUGUUUGGUGAUUGAGAACACUAAGAGUUUAGAAAUUGUGGAAUUACAAGAAGUAAUUGCCAUUCUGAAAAGUGAAGAGCAACGAUUUGAGUUGCACAAUGUUGAUGCAAUUGAAAAAGCUUUUGCCUCAUUCACUGUCCAAAAGGCCAGAACAAAAGGGAAACCAUGGGAGUCAAAAGGAAAGUCUCAACAAAACAAUCCUGCACCAGCUCACAAUUUUAGCUCAUCACAGCCAGCAAGUCAAGAGGGUGUAAAGCCUCAAUGCAAAGUGUGCUCAAAGUUUGGUCACUUGGCUAGAGAAUGCACUGCAGGGAAAUCUGUGCAAAAGGCAAAUUGUGCAAACCAAGUGGAGGUGACUGGAAAUUUGUUCUAUGCAAAUUGUGCAACCAUUGAGGCAAACCCAAAUGGGGAUUGGUACAUUGACAGUGGCUAUAGCAACCAUAUGACUGACAAUGUUGAUUUACUUGUUGAUGUGAGAACAAAUGUGGCAGGACAUGUACAAAUGCCAACUGGUGUACUUGUGAAGGUGGCUGGCAUGAGAUCAUUGAUCAUUGAAACAACCAAGGGGAGAAAAUACAUCAGAGAAGUGAUGUAUCUUCCAGGCUUAAGAGAGAAUCUGCUGAGUGUUGGGCAAAUGGAUGAGCAUGGAUAUUUUCUGGUGUUUGGAGAUGGAAUGUGCAAGGUGUUUGAUAGUUCCUCACUGAACUGUCUCAUCAUAAAGGUUCCAAUGAAGAAGAACAGGUGCUAUCCUUUGUCUCUUCUAGCUGAGAAUUAA